UCGGAAUUCAUUACCACAUUAUUUAAGCAGUAAGAAAUUCACUCACUAGUGAGAUAGUAAGACAGCUAUAGAAACCGAAUCAAAAACAAAAUGGUGUCACAUAUAUUGUCAAACUUGUUUCGAGGCACCAGGGGGAUGCAAUAUGUGUCAGUUUUAAUUGCUUCUUUAGGGGUUACCACAACCCAAAUGUAUCUAACAUGGCCGUCACCUACGAUAUCAAUACUAAAGGGAGAUGAGUCACCACUUGGUGAACCAAUUUCAAGUGAAGAUUCAUCAUGGAUUGUUUCCAUUAUUUUAUUAUCUGGUUUUCCUGCUGCGUUUACUUUUCAUCUGACUACUGCACGUUUCUGUCGGAAACAAGUACUACACGCUGCUUCUGUCACACUUUUCCUACCUUGGUUUAUUAUAAUAUUCGCCAAUCACGUUGCGUAUAUCUACGCAGCACGAAUAUUAGCAGGAUUAUUACUGGGAACAACUAUAAUUACAGCAGCAAUGUACUCAUCAGAAAUAGCUGAUCCCGACAUCCGUGGCCGUUUAGGCACAUCCUACGGAGUAAUGAAACUAUCCGGAUCAAUUAUAGUCCUUGCUGUAGGCCCUUUUGUUUCCUACACAGUCCUAGCAAUUGUUUGCGCAAUUGUCCCAUUCACCUUAUUCUGCCUGCUCUUCUUCAUCCCAGAAUCUCCCUACUCUUUAGUAAAGAAACAACGUCUAGAUGAAGCGCGUGAAGCUGUUGUCAUGUUAUCUGGAUCAACAGACGAUAACGAAAUAGACGAAAGAGUUAAAACUAUUGUCGCAUUCGUACACACAGCGGAACGUCCACUUGGUAUAAAAGAAGUAUUCUCUAAUUGGAAAUAUGUGAAAUCAAUGGCGAUUGUGAUCACACUUGUGACUUUCGAAUAUUUUGGAGGAUUCAAUGCGAUUAAUUCUUAUCAGCAAGAGAUUAUUGCUAGUAGUGAGAGUGACAUCAGUCCGGAGGUGUCAAGUAUUGUUUUUGGACUCAUACAAAUACCAGCAGCCAUUCUCUCAGCUUUUUUAGUUGAUCGCCUCGGACGUAAAGUAAUCCUAUACAUAGGCUGCACCGGUUGCCUAAUUCCACUCAUCGCUGAAGGCGUUUACUUCUAUUUGGAAGAUUACCUCAAACAAGAUGUGUCUGCGAUAUCAUGGUUGCCUACAACCGGCUUGGUCAUAUUUUUAAUAAGUCAUGCAGUGCAUUCAUCAGUUCCCUAUAUAUUACUCGGCGAGUUUUUCAAUGAUAAAAUGAAAAACGUUGCAACCACUAUGUUUAGUUCAGCUGGUGCACUGGCUGUUUUCGGAGUGACAAAAACUUUCGAACCAAUAAGGGAAGCAUGGGGGACGUAUACAUGCUUUUGGAUUUAUUCUGGGUUUACGUUUGCUACUAUUUUAAUGACGCAUUUCUUUUUGAUUGAGACUAAGAAUAAGACUUAUCAGGAAAUUGAGAGGAAAGUUUAUAAAUAGUUAGAGUUAAAAUUAGGUUAGGCUAUGAUUAAAGUAGGAAAUUGUAUUGAUUUAACCUCGAAAUUAAGCAGUAGAUAGUAGAGUAGGUUAUGUUGUGUUUAUAAAUUUAAAAUGUAUUAUAAAUUUGUGUUUUUUAUGAAGAGAAACGUGAGAUUUUAAAAAUUUGAAUUUAUUGAUUUGUUUUUGCAACAAAUAGCCAAAUAUUUAUUAAAAAAUUAAAAAUAUAUGAUAAAAAUAAUUUCAACUAGAAAAAUGAUGAAUUUAUCUGAAAAUAGCAAAAAUUAUUUAUUUAUUUGAUGAAAAAUAAGGAAAGUAAUGAUUUUUUCAUUAAAAUAAAUCAAAAAAUUAAAGAAAAACGUCAAAAUAUAAAGAAAACAAAUCACAGAGCCCAACAAUGACGUCAUUUCUCCCACUUAAGAUUAACCAUCUGUAAAGACUCAACAUUGAAGUCAGGCAAAUUUUAAGUAAAAGCAAACAUUUUUUUGCAUUUUAACACUUUUUACAAAAAAAAUCAACAUUCCCUCUCCAGAAAUCCAAAUAUUAUCAACAAACAAUUAUUUAUUUAACUUCUUAAAUCACCAAUUUAAGUAUAAACAAUACCUAACUCUUAAAUACUAAAAAAAUAACACCUAACCUACUUUCUUGCCUUAACCUUAA